CAGAGUAGCCUUUUAAAAAAAAAUAGACAUUUGAUUUUUUCUUUCUCGCACGGACAUAGUGGCUGGAACGACCAUUACCCCAACCCCGCUUCCUUGGGUACAGGUAACUCCAAAUGACGUCAUAUUGUACGUGAAUCGAUCAGUCCCCGGUUUCUCACCCCUUCAAGCGUUCCCACAGCCAUCACUUUUUGGAUCCGUUUCCUUGCACUCUCUCAUUUUCCUGAAUAGAGGGCUCCUGUGAAGCGAAUCUCACAUCACACUACAUACAUAUCAUCUUCUCUGAUCACUAUUACACUAUCGAGCAACCAUGAGCAACGCUGAUAAAUUCCUAGAAGCAGCCGCGACCUUUCCAGAGGAUGCCCUGCCAGAUCAUCGUGUCUACGAACAUCCGUUGGUCCAACGGUAUGCUACCAAGGAAAUGUCCUUUAUUUGGUCCCCAGCCAAAAAGUUUACCACAUGGCGGCAGCUCUGGACGGCCUUGGCCACGGCGGAACAAGAGUUGGGGAUAGAUAUUACCGAUGAGCAAUUGGAAGAAAUGAGGAAAUUUCUGUUUGAUAUUGACAUGGAAACUGCCAAUGCCAAGGAAGCCGAAUUUCGCCACGAUGUCAUGGGACACGUUCAUGCCUUUGGGAGUCAGGCGACCAAGGCCAUGCCCGUCAUUCAUCUCGGUGCUACCAGUUGUUAUGUCGGAGACAAUACCGAUCUGGUGCAGAUUCGAGAUUCCCUCCAACUCAUUCAACGAAAAUUGGUACAAACCCUGGAUACCCUGCAGAAAUUUGCUCAACAAUACAAGGAUUUGCCGACUCUUGGAUUCACUCAUUAUCAACCCGCGCAGUUGACCACCGUUGGCAAACGAUGCACUCUGUGGAUGCAAGACCUACUGCUCGAUCUCGAACGAGUCACACGCGAAAUUGACGAAUUGCCCAUGCGAGGUGUCAAGGGAACCACGGGAACCCAGGCGUCCUUUUUGGAACUCUUUGAUGGUGACCACGACAAGGUCAAACAACUCAACAAACGAGUCUGUGAACUCAUGAAUUUCAAAAAAGCCAUUCCCGUGUCGGGACAAACCUAUACGCGCAAAAUUGAUUUCAAUGUCUUGAGCUUGUUAUCGGGCAUUGCCCAAUCGGCCUACAAAAUGUGCGGUGACAUUCGUCUCUUGGCCAAUUUAAAGGAAGUGGAAGAACCCUUUGCCAAGACACAAAUUGGAAGUUCCGCCAUGGCGUACAAACGCAAUCCCAUGCGGUCCGAACGAGUCUGUUCUCUCAGUCGUUAUGUCAUGGGUUUGCCCAAUGCCGCCGCCCAUACGCACGCGUCGCAAUGGUUCGAACGGACACUGGAUGAUUCCGCCAUUCGGCGCAUUGUUCUGCCAGAAGGAUUCCUGGCGGUAGAUGUCAUUUUGAAUUUGCUAAACAAUAUCGGUGAUGGAUUGCAUGUCUGGCCCAAUGUCGUCAAGAAACAUGUCAUGGAAGAGUUGCCCUUUAUGGCCACUGAAGUUAUUCUCAUGGAAUGUGUCAAGGCCGGUGGCGAUCGCCAGGAACUCCACGAAGCCAUUCGGGUCUAUUCCAUGGAGGCGGGUGCUGUCGUCAAGGGAGAGGGAAAGCCCAAUGAUCUCAUGACACGGAUUGCCAAGGACCCACUCUUCAAGGCCGUUCAUGCCAAGUUGGAUACCCUGAUUGAUCCCAUUCUCUUUGUGGGACGGGCUCCACAGCAGGUGGAUGAGUUUCUAGAGGAUGAAAUCAAACCCGUCUUGGAAACACACAAGAGUCUCUUGUCGGUGGAAAGUGUGGAUGGUGUCAAUGUGUGAGUGAGCGGGAGAGAACCAAUGGAUGGCUAGCUUACUUGUUUUUCGAUAAGAAGUCAGCAGGAUGCACAAUAAUUUGCUUCUGUCUGUAACGUAGUGUUGCACUACAAUCAUUUCUGGGUGCUCACACUCUGUACGACAGGACGCGAGGAAUACCGGUACUAGUACAUCGUGCAUGCAUUAAUGAUAUUCAGGCGGCAGCUUGGGCGCAGCUACACUGCAGUACAGUAGCUGCCUUAGCAAGGUAAAGGUGUCUGCUAGCAAAUUACACGUAUUGUU